UUUGGAUAGGAAUCUAAACGAAUUAUUUCGAAAAAGAAGACAUGCCAACCUACUAAUGCACAACACAAAUGGGAAAGGUUUUCACAUAUUUUUCUUUCCUUCGGUCCUUGUGCAUCUAACAGUUACGAAGCUAGUUCUAGUGCUGUACUACUAUUUUUUUUUUUUGAUCCGCAUGCUGUACUACUAUUAAAAUGAUGAAAGGUCUAAAGUGAUAUGCCACGGAUAGAUAAAGUGGGUCCACUCUAAUUUUCCCGCAGAAGUACUCAUCAGUUCUUUCCUUUUGUCAUCCAAAACUACGAACUCACUCCUCGUUUCCUACUGAGAAAGAGAAACAAACAAUGGCUGCUCUUCAGAUUUCGUUCCAAUUCCCAUUGCUAAACCCCACAAAACCAUCACCAAAACCCUACUCUCUCUCCAAAUUCAAACCCACAUCCCUCUUCACCAAACUCUCCACAUUCAAGAAAACAAAACCCGCCCAAUUCACCAUCAAAUCCACCCAAUCCACCAACAACAACAGCAAAUCCCAAGAAGAUGAAAACCCUAAAGAUUCCGAUGACGUCUCCGAACCCCCAAUUGCUACUGACGAGUCACAACCCGCAAACGCCGACGUAUCGGAUCUGGGUUCGCAGAUCAAGAAGGCGAUGGAGGAGAGAGAAGGAAGAGAGAGAGGAGGGGGUGGGGCGGAUUUCUGGAGCGGUGUGGCGGAGGAGGUAAGGGAGAUAGAGUGGCCGGCGUUCGGGAAGGUGGUGGGGACAACCGGGGUCGUGCUCGGGGUUAUCGCGGGGUCCAGCGUCGUUUUGCUCACCGUCAAUGCCGUUCUGGCCGAGCUCUCCGAUCGGGUUUUCGCCGGAAAAGGGGUUCAGGAUUUCUUUGGGUGAUCGGGUCGUGCUCGCUGUGUUCGGUUUGGGUCCGGCGAGGGACGCCGCAGGGAGAGCACCGUGUUUUUGAUGCUCACGGCCAAUGUCUUGAAUGAGGUUAUCUCAAUGUUGUGGGCCACAAAUUUUGGGAUGGGAUAAUGAACUUGGAGGUUUAGCUUGAUAUUAAUUUUUCUUUUCUUUUUUGUAUGGUGAAUAUGUGCUCGAGCAAUGCUACAAACACAAUUCCAGAGACAAUCGUAUGCAGAAUUGUUAGGCGUAUAUGGACAGAAUUGUUAGAUGUACAUAAAUUUAUAUACAUCUAACGGUUGUAUUUUAAAAAUGUGUUCUUAAGACUUUUUGCAAGAGCAAAUAGUUAUUAUUUUCUCUUGUAAUAACAUGAAAUCAGUCAGUUGCCAUAACACUAA